AUGGACGCCGGCUGCCGCGAGGUAGGUGGGUGGGGGCAUACACACAUACACACGACAGCACAUAUAUAUGUGCCUCUCCCGCGCCUCUCUCCUUCUCUUUGUCUGUGUGUGUGUGUGUGUGUGGAACAAUGCAGUCUGAGCCUGGCGCCCAUCGCUCCGACCUGCCGAUCAAGGAUGCGAUCGACUACCCCGCGGCACUGUGGCCAAACUUCGACCCCCAACACCCAGAGCUGGCGGCCCUCAAGGGAGUGAGUGAGCGAGUGAGUGAGUCAAGUGCACCAGCUAUGAGAGAGGAGAGAGGGGGGAAUGUCUUCUGUCUGUCUGUUUGUCUGUGUGUCUGUUUGUCUGUGUGUCUGUUUGUCUGUGUGUCUGUUUUGGUUUCAUUCGCUGAGCACUCCUGCCAGAAGCCACCCGAGCGGAGCUGGAGGAGCAGCAGCCCCCACCCCCACCCAUGCCCCAACAGCCAAGGGCACCAGCAGCUGCCGCGUCUGCUGCUGCCCCCGAGGCCCACCGACACACCCACACAGUGGACCCGCCGGCCACUGACACACUGCCCCAGCCCCCCAAGCCACAGCACCCACCUGGGCAGUUCCUGAUUCCGGACGAGGACGAGGACUACGUCCCGUCGACCAUCCUGCUUGCGCGUGCCGAGAAGGCCGCCAAGGAGGCCGAGAUGGCGCGGGCGAGGGAGGCGGAGAGUGGGGAUGAGGGGGAGGAGAGGAGGCAGCACCAGGCAGAGGUGCGGCCAGGCGAGCUGUGGACCGGCAGCGUCAACCUCACUGAUUUCCUCCACAUCCGCUGCGGCCGCCUGAAGCACCCCAGCAUCAAGUCGCGGGCCACGGCACGGAAGCUGCAGCUCAUCAAGCAGACGAUCGAGCGCCUCAACCUCAGCAAAGGCCUCUACCGCCAGCUCAUGGUGUCGUGCCUGUCGUCGCUGGAGGGCAUCCAUGGGGCUGAGUGGGUGCACGGGGAUACCAAUGGCCAGAAUGCCAUGGUCGUGUGGGAUCCCGUCACCCGCCGCCUCUACAGCCCGUGGAUCGACUUCGAGGUGGCCAGGCCGACAACCGAGGCCGAGCAGCCCCUGACGACCACUCCACCCACACUGUGCCAUGUGGAGCCGGUGGCGGUGCCCCCUCCCCACUGCGACCCAACGGCACUGAGACGUGUGGCCAAGGUGAUCGAGGUGGUCAUCGACCAGAGCAAGCCCAGCACGGUCGCAACGGCAGCACCGCAGUCGCCCCUCUAUGGCGCCUUCAGCCGCAUGGCGGACACCUACGCCAUCUGCUCGCUGGCCGCCGCCAUCCUUAUGGGUCCCCACAUGGACCACCCGAGCGGCCCCUCGCACAACCACGUCAUCUUUCCCCCCGCGACCUUCACGGGUCCCUUUAUGGACCCGCCGAGCGGCCCCUCCGACACCCACCCCUUCUGUGGGCAGGAGCUGCCCUUCUUCCCGGGGGCACAUGGGGCCCGCAGCAGCAGCAGCAGAUCUCUGUACGGCCGCCACUUCGAGUGGGUGAAGGAGGAGGAUGCGCUCAUUAAGGAGGCCAUCGAAGUGGGGGGCGAAGGGGGGAGACGGGCGCUGCACGACAUUAACGACGAGAAGCCGACGGUGGAGCAGCGGCUCGUGUGGGAGGGGCAGAGGGGAGAGGCGCGCGACGAGGAGGCCGUGCAGGACCUCAGGAUGGCCCUGGUGCUCGUCAAGGAGGGGAUGUGUCCGGACAAAGGCGAGAGGCGCCCACUGCGUGAGAUUAUCCAGUAAGGAAGGCACGCACUCAUGCAUACACUUGACAACAAGCAGCAUGUAUCAUGGGUCUGUGUCUCUUGUUCGUUCUGUCUUGGCAGCUACCUAGAGUACAUUCGCUACCUCGAGAGUGAGAUUCACCUCCUCAAUACCAAAAUCGAUCUGUAA